AUGAGGCUCGACCAGUUCAAGUUCGCCCUUCCAUUCCUCUUCGGCCUAGCGCUCGCAGCUCCCCAGCCAAGAGCAACAACAUGCAAUGGUUCCCCCGCCCUAUGCUCCCGCCAAUACAGCAACAUCACCUUCGUCGGAGCGCACGACUCGUACGCUCUCCCCCCCUCCCUGGCCGACAACCAGGACUACGACCUGACCCAACAACUCACGGACGGGAUCCGGAUGCUGCAGGGCCAGACUCACAACAAGAACGGCACGAUCGAGCUGUGUCAUUCGUUUUGCGCCUUGGAGGACGGGGGCUCCCUCGCCACUUACUUAGGGAAGCUCAAGACUUGGCUGGAUCAGAAUCCCGGGGAAAUCGUCACGCUCCUCUUGGUGAACAGUGACGAUUUUGACGUCUCGGCUUUUGGACAGGUCUUCCAGUCUGUUGGCUUGGACAGUGUCUCAUUUAACCCUGGCACCGCGAGUUUGACACUGGAUCAAUGGCCCACUCUCGGGCAGAUGCUGGAUAAUGGAACGAGGCUCGUAACGUUUAUGGACACCAAGGCGGAUUUCACGAGCGUGCCUUAUAUAAUUGAUGAAUUCUCAAGCAUGUGGGAAACAGCAUUCGACGUCACCACCACUUUUGACUGUGCCGUCAACCGCACGCAUGGGGACCCGACCACCCAGCUCAACACUAUAAACCAUUUCCUAGACAUAGGCACCACAAUCGCCGGGGACUUGAUAACAAUCCCAAACAAGGCCGGUCUGACGGAGACGAACGGCAUCUCCGGGCCGGGCUCACUCGGGGAGCAAGCGCAGGAGUGUAUCACCGCGAAUGGGCGCGCGCCGAACUUUAUGCUGGUGGACUUUUAUGAAUACGGAGGUGGGAGCGUGUUCCAAGUUGCGGCGGCGCUCAAUGGGAUCCCGUAUACCCAGGGGCCGAUCGCGCCUGUCCCUGGGGCGGCGGUGGGGAAAGGCACGGCGGCGGGGGCAGCUAUGGCUGUGAUUACGUCGUUGGUGUUGGGAAUGUGGAUGCUGUAG